AUGAAUGAUACAAUACCAUUUUCUCAUAUACUUAAUAUUAAUGAGACACAUUUACCUGAACACUCUCAAGCAUUAGCUGCAGCUAUCUUUCCAAAACAAUUUUCAUAUGAUUUUGAGGAGGAACCUGAACCACAAUUAUGGGAAACAUGGUUAUAUGGUCUUUCAUUAGCAACAUGUUCUGGAUUUGCUGCACCUAUAGGUAUAACAUUAGUUCCUUUAUUACCAAAACAAAUAUAUGAAAGAAUAAUGACUUUUCUUGUUGCAUUAGGAAUUGGUGCAAUGUCCGCAAGUUGCAUCUUUUUACUGAUACCUCAAGCAUUUCAAAUAACAUCUCUACAUUCAUUUAGGUAUACUCAUAAAUGUUGGUUUAUUUUAAUAGCAAUAUAUGUAUUUUUUACCAUUGACCGUGCUUUACAAUUUUAUGUUGCUAUCAAAAGAAAAAGAAAUAAACGUCAUGUUCAUAUUAAAACAAUAGCAGCAAUUAUAAAUCCUUUCAAUAAUAAUAAUAAAAAAAAUAUUUCUAAAACAAAUGGUGAAAGAAGAAAGUCAAUCCUCAAGAAUACAAAUAAUAAUACAUCAAAUGGAGUUUCAGAUAAUCAAGUAAUUGAUGUUGAUGGAGAUGAAUAUGACACAACUUCGUUACACUCAAAAAAUAAUGAAUAUAGUAAUCAAACAAUUACAUCAGAGAAUAGUACAGUGUACAAAAAUACAGAUUGUUCAAAUUUGUAUGAUUAUACAAAAACACCUUUACCAUCAUAUAAAUCUGAUGACGAAGAUGAUAACUUUGAUAAUUCUAUGAUUAAAAAAGAAUGGCAAAAUAUUCAAAAUGAUUUAAACAUUGCAACAUUAGGAAAUGCAUUUGUUAGAACAUUAUCACAAAGAAGAAGAGUUGGAAUUAUACGUGAGGAACAAAUUCAUUUAGAUAGUAUUACUUUUAAUAGUAAUGAUAACAAAAGUAUUAUUUUAAAUAAUAAUACUUCUUCAAAUAAUUUACCAAUAAAAAAAGACUAUGAUGAUAAAAUGAGUUUAGAUGUGUGUGUUGAUGUUGUAGAAAAGAAAGUUUUGAAUACCUCUUCUUUAGAAAUAUCAACAGUUGUAUAUAUGAUUUUAUUUGGUGGUGCUGCAAAUAACUUUGUUGAUGGAAUGUCUACUGGGGCAGCAUUUUCAGAUUCAAUUCAAAAGGGUUUUAGUAUUGGUUUGGCUGUACUAUCACAACAAUUUCCUCAAGAAUUAGGAACAUUAGCUAUUAUGAUAAAAUCAGGUUUAGGACUUAAAAAAACUUUAUUGUUUAAUUUAAUUCCAAUUUUUAUGGGAUAUGCAGGUUUUUCUGCUGGAGUAAUCUUAGACAACAUCAAUGAUACAUUUGAUGAUGAAGUUUUUGCCGUAAGUGCUGGGAUGUAUUGUUACAUAUUUUUAGGAACACUUGUUCCUGAAUUAAGAGAUGGUUUUAAUGAAAUUUUAGAGAAAAGUUUGAUAGAAGCCAGUCUAGUAAAUGCUUUACAAUAUAUUGGUUUUGUAACUGGCAUCGGUUUAAUGUACAUAAUUAGCAUAUUUGGAAAUGAUUAA